AUGAAGAAUUUUUCGAUUUCUAUGAUAACAAUUGUAAAAUAUUAACCUAGAUUUAAUUUUGCUGGUUUACUUAAGCAAAAGGAUUUAGGGGAUGAGAAGCUGUAUUUCACAAAGGAAGAUGAAAAAAUAAUGUCGAAAUUGAUGAAAAAAAUAUAGGAAAGCAAUGAGAAUUAAAUAGAUGGAGAUGAAAAUGAAUAAAAAAUACCAAAAGAAGAACUUUAAAAAAUUUUCAGCAAAUAUAGAGUUACCUAUAAUGAAGCAUUAUUGAAGGAAAUAUUAAUGUGGAGAAAAAAUAAUUGAAUAAUCAAUAUAAUUAUAAAAUUAA